AACACACGAGAGAAGACGAAGAAGAAACAGUACCAAAACAUAACCCUCUUGUUACACGUUUAAAAUUUAGUUUAUAAAUUACGACAAGCAAAUCAACAUGAAGCGAUUAUCUGAAGAGAGGACAAAAAUUUUAUUCGAAAAAUUGGCUAAAUACAUUGGACCCAAUGUAAAAUUAUUAAUUGAUCGACCGGACGGUCUCUACUGCUUCAGAGAGCAAAAAGAUAGAGUGUACUAUGUAUCUGAAACAACGUUGAAAUUAGCAAAUACUAUACCACCAGAUCAACUAAUUUCUGUGGGAACUUGUUUUGGGAAAUUCACAAAAUCAAACAAAUUUCGUCUUCAUGUCACAGCACUCAGUUACUUAGCACCUUACGCACAGAGUAAAAUCUGGCUCAAAGCACCAGCAGAACAGCAAUUUUUAUAUGGAAAUCAUGUGGCUAAGUCAGGUCUGGGAAGAAUAAGUGAAAAUGCAGAAAAAUACCAAGGUGUUGUUGUGUACAGUAUGUCAGAUUUGCCCUUAGGUUUUGGUGUUGCUGCCAGAUCAACAGCUGAAUGCAAGCAUGCAGAUCCUAUGGCUUCUGUUUGCUUCCACCAAGCUGACAUUGGCGAAUACAUCAGGUCUGAGGAGGAUUUGCUUUAGUUUAGCUAAUUUUAUGUAUUUUUGUUAAUAAAAUAUUUUAUACAA